AUGGACAUGAAUGAAAUCAACGAAGAUGAUAAGACACUACUUAGAUCAAACCGACCCAGUACAUUAAGCUUGGAAAUACACACUAUGGAUGUUGAUAUCAACGAAAAGGUACUAGUGAUUGAUUUAUGUACACCAAAUGAUGUUGAUAUAAAAAAUGAAGCCAGUACAUUAACGCCGAAACCGUUGAUCGAGCGAUUUCCAAAUCUUGGUAAUCGAUUGCCUGUAUUACCUUGCUACCCAACAAAUGAUAAAUAUGCACAUGGUGAUCCAUUGUUACCGAACAUAUCACCACAUAGAUUAACACAAACCGAACAGACACGUCGACAAUUGGGCACAUUUAAAUCAGAGUUCGAUUUCAUAACUAAGGAUUCGAUGGUACCAUCGUUUUUAUAUGAAAAAUAUCAAAUGUUCUAUGUCGAUUUACUCGCACGUUUGAAAGUAGACAUAGCUAUCUUGGAUUAUAAUUAUUUACGAUUGAAUAAUUAUAUGAAACUGUUGUUAUUUGAACGCAUGCGUAUAUUCAAUAUUUCACUUAAUAAUAUUUCAAAAAUCGAUGAAAAAGAAUAUCCACUUGCAUUGGAAUUCUUUUUGCAAUUUGAUGUCAAUAUGUUCUAUAUGAAAACGUGUUCACUUCGUUAUGCACGUCCUCGUACACUAAAUGAAGGCCUAUUUUGUUUACAAGAACCAGAAGCUCGUUAUGAACUGUCUGCAUGUGGUAAUUGUGCAUUAUGUUAUCCUCAAUAUGAUAGGACAUAUCGAAUGAAAAAAUCAAUUGUUGACUUCAGUCAAGCUCAUCAACAUACAUUUCUCAAUGGAUACCAUGCUAUUCUUAAUUGUUCAGCUGCAAGUUUCAUCUAUUAG